AUGAGUGCGCUGCUUUCUCUUGCACUACUAUCAUGCACUGAACUAGCCCUCCAGGGCUACGUGCAAGCACAUCCAUUCGUCCGAGUGGUUGCUACCUUUUUUUCGUUCAUCAAAAUCGUUCACUUUAUAAAUUUAUUUGGUAUACUGAAAUUAGACAGGACCGACACACUAUCUCUCACAUGCAAGCUGGAGCCAACCGCCAGCUCAAGAUUCCGCAGUGCUUUGCAUCUUGUGAUGAGUACGCGAGGAGUUGGGACGAAGUGGCAGAUAAAAGGCCUACCCACAUGGCCGCCUACCCUGGAAGCUCCGGGGAAGGCAGAUUUCCGGGCUCGCUUUCUCGCCAGACAGGCAGUUGUAGUUGCAUGGCAAUACAUGGCGUGGGAUAUAGUCUACAAUGGUGUCCUACUUGAGUGCGCCAGAACACAGUCCCACUUAUACAGGCCCGAGUCGGACUAUCUGGGUUUCAACACAACGGCCGGGCAGGUGCGCACUCGGAUCAUAGUGGCUGGUGUAUUUGUUUGCGGUGUACUGUUCGUGGUAGACAUGCUCUACAGACUCGCCUCGAUCACUGCGGUGUCGUUGAACCUAACACGGUGGGAUGAUUGGCCACCACUCUUUGGUGACAUCAAAGAUGCAUACACCGUGACGCGUUUCUGGGGAAGGUUUUGGCAUCAGCUGAUUCGGUGGCCUAUGGUGUCCUCUGUGAAAUGGGUGCGUAAUGACGUUCUGCACAUCCCCAAGCUAUCCUCCGGGGAUCGUUUUAUCGAUGCCGUAAUAUUGUUCAAUGUUUCCGGAAUCCUCCAUUACGUCAGUGUGGCUGGCAGCGGAAUGGAUGAACCGCAAUGGGGUACUGUCCACUUCUUCAUGGUACAACCUUUCGCCAUGCUGCUGGAGAAUAGCUUGUCGUCCUGGGUGCGUCCUCGCUGCUGGCAACGAGUUAUUGGAUAUGCCUGGGUCUGGCUGUGGUUGAAUAUCACCGCGCCCUGGUUUGGCUUCCCCUCCAUGAGACUGCCUGUGGAGAAAAGCCUCUUCAUGCCGUAUAGCUUUGUGGAAGACGUGGGUCUGGCGAGAAUGACGAUAUUUGCAGCUUUGUUGGGGUUGGCUAUCAGCGUCUAG